AGAGCGGAGCUGAUGGAGCUGAGCGGAGUUCAGACUCAGCCCCGGCACUGAGCGCGCGCUGACAGCGGAGUUCACGGCUCGCGCUGCCGCUCGCUCUCGCUCUCUCUCUCGCUCCUGUCGGAUUCAGCUGUGUGCGCGCGGAGCCUCGCGAGGAGCGUAUAGUGUUCAGCUGGACGGAGCGCGCGCUGGAAGGAAUGAGCUAAACAUGGAGACCAAGCCGUUCCUGUCUCUCGGGCUCCUGAAAAACCCAUGUGCUGCACCGCCGCCAUGUCUGCGGGGCAGCUCACCCCCUGGCUGCUCCUGCUUCACUGGCAUGUGCCCGCUUCACCAGCGCAGGAUAUCCACAGAUUCCUCAGGCCAGCUCUCGUCCUCUCCUCUCAGCUCUCCAACUGGUCAUCGAGGCAUGGGCCCUCACCCUCUGCACCCGUCCCUGCUCACACCGUCCUCUAUGGGCUCCACCCCGGGUCACCUCCACUCACCCAUCAACGGCCUGGCCUCGCCCUUUCCCGUCAUCAGUUCCCCCAUGGGUCAUCCAUCCAUGACCGGACCCUCCUCCACCAGCAUGGCCUUCGGACCCAGUCUCAGUCCACAGCUCAGCUCCCCCAUGAUUUCAGUCAGCAGCCCAGAAGACAUAAAACCUCCUCUGGGUCUGAACGGGGUCAUGAAGGUUCCUGCCCAACCAACCGGCACCUCGCUGUCUUUCACCAAACACAUCUGCGCCAUCUGCGGUGACCGCUCCUCAGGUAAACACUAUGGGGUUUACAGCUGCGAGGGCUGCAAAGGCUUCUUCAAGCGGACGGUGAGGAAAGACCUGAUCUACACCUGCAGAGACAACAAGGACUGUCUAAUCGACAAGCGCCAGCGCAACCGCUGCCAGUACUGCCGCUACCAGAAAUGUCUGGCCACGGGCAUGAAGAGAGAAGCUGUUCAGGAGGAGAGGCAGCGGGCGAAAGAGAGGAGCGAGGCUGAGCUGGAGCUGGCCGGCUCCAGUGAGGACAUGCCGGUGGAGAAGAUUCUGGAUGCUGAGCUGGCAGUGGAGCCCAAAACAGAAACCUAUGUGGAGGGCAGCCCCGGUGCUCCAGCCAACUCUGGAAGCCUCUCUCCCAACGACCCCGUCACGAACAUCUGCCAAGCUGCGGAUAAACAGCUCUUUACGUUAGUGGAGUGGGCCAAAAGGAUACCACACUUUUCUGACCUCCCUCUAGACGACCAAGUCAUUCUUUUACGAGCAGGCUGGAACGAGCUCCUCAUCGCUUCUUUCUCACACCGCUCAAUAAGUGUGAAGGAUGGCAUAUUGUUAGCAACAGGGCUCCACGUCCAUAGAAACAGUGCACACAGUGCGGGAGUAGGAGCCAUCUUUGACAGAGUGCUGACGGAGUUGGUGUCUAAGAUGCGAGACAUGCAGAUGGACAAGUCUGAGCUUGGGUGCCUGCGAGCAAUUGUUCUUUUCAAUCCAGACUCUAAGGGCCUGUCGAACCCAGCAGAGGUGGAGGCGCUGAGGGAGAGAGUCUACGCUUCACUGGAGGCCUACUGUAAACAGAAAUAUCCAGACCAACCCGGGAGAUUUGCCAAACUGCUACUCCGGCUGCCUGCUCUGCGAUCCAUCGGCCUGAAGUGUCUGGAGCACCUGUUUUUCUUCAAACUUAUUGGAGACACACCCAUCGACACUUUCUUAAUGGAAAUGCUGGAGGCGCCGCACCAAAAUACAUAAUGGAAUUUUUGAGUGCCUCAAAAAUCACCCUUGUUUUUUUAUUUUUUAUUUUCUUUUUUGGACAAUGAUUCAGAGGAGAUCUCUCUUACGAACGAUGAUGAUGACGCACCGCACGUGCAGCAGCCCUGUGCACAGACCACCUAUAGAGAGGCUGCAGAGCCCGGGCGCAUCUUCUUUCUAUCUUGUCCUGUUAAUUUCGGAAGUAACAGUCCUGGAGAAAGAGACGUGUGAACUCUUCAAGCUACAAGCAGCAAGCAGCUCUGCUUCGGUUCGUCAAACUCGGACUCGGAUUUUUCCGUUUUUAAGUUUUGUAUUUGAUUUGGAAUAAAAGAAAAAAUACAUAAGGACCGUUGAGCUAUGGAAUACAGUAAAUUAUAUAGUGAAGACGGAUUCAUUAGGAGAGUCAUCGCUGGGAUGCAUUUGUGAGUUCAUGCUACACGGGAGGGAGGUUCAGUCAGUGAAUUAUUGAAGAUUUAUUGGUUAUUUUAUGGAUUAUUAUUUUUUUUUUUGGUUCUUCUGCCUCCUGGAGGCCUACCUCUGCAUUCAGCAUUUUACAGCGUUUUUAUAAUAAUAAUGAUGAUGAUGAUGGUAAAACACAGUUUCAUCUCCGUAUUCAAUGCAUUCAAUGCAUUCUGUGCAUUCAGCGCAUUCAUGUCAGCCAGGUUUUCAUGAUGGAAAGGAUGCAAAACUCUGCAGUACCUCUUUCUUACACACAUACGCCUCUCGCCGGUACCACAUGACUCCUUUUUUCACUUUUUUUUUUUUCACACCUCAUCACUGCCUUCCGGUUAUGAACUGUACUGUAUGUACUGUACUGAUGUUCAGUGUUAAUCAUAUAUAGUUUGUUCGCAAAUGUUGAAUCUGAAUUUGAAUUCGGUUUCUUUUUUUGAUUUUGUUCAUUGAUAUGAGAAAAGAUACGAGAUACAAAGAUACAAUACACUGAUCAAGCAUAACAUUAGGAAUGACCACCUCCUCAUUUCUACAACCAUUAUCAAUUUUCUUUUGUGUUUUUUUUAGCCUAAUAGUCUUGUAAUCUGUUUCUCUGCAUUUCUCUGUUUUUCAAUAGUCAGGACCCACCGACAGGGUUAAUUUUAUAUUUUCUCAGUCUUAGCAACGCAGUGACUGCACUGCACUGGCAUGGUGAAAUAGUGGUGAUUAGUGUGUUAGUGGUUCAGUUUUUGAACACUCUUUUAAAUAAUCAUGUUUCCACUUACUGUCCACUCUGUAAUAUUAGGCAAGCCUACAAACUGUAGCUGCUCCAUCUUAUAGAUGCCAUCUUAUAAAGUCAGAGAUGGAAUGAAUGAAUGAAUUAAUAAAUGAAGUUACACUUAUAUAGCGCCUUUCUAGAAACCCAAGGACGCUUUACAAUUUAAACAUUUUACACAGAACUAUUCAUACUUACAAACCGGUGAGAAGUGGCAGCCAAUAACGCACAGCAUACUCUUAACCGUAAACAACUGUCCACCUGCAUGGAGGACUGCAUCCAGCACUACAGCAUUUACCCAGGACAGAGUGCCAAUUAAUACCUAAUUACACACACACAUAAAAAAUUACAGAAGAUCUGGCUGUGUUGCACCAAUUUUGAAAGUAAGAGGAUAAUAAUAAUAUAUGCAGAGAAACAGAUUACAGAACUACAGUCUGUAUAUUCAUUUUAUAGAACUAUUCUAUACAAGUGCUCCUAUUUAUGCCCAGUGGAGCUGAAGAAAUGGAUAAUGUGUGUAGAAAUAAAUAAUCAGGUUAUGAUUGAUCAUUGUAAUACAUGAAUAAGGAAUGGUUGUAUUUCCAGCACUUAACUUUUUUUCUUUCUUUUUCUUUUGUCGUUGUUUUUGUCAAACAGUGUUGACACUAGCAAGGCUGCCAGGAGUCCGUUCCCACCAGGAGGAAACUGCAGUGUUGUUUGGCCGUGCUAGAAAGUACUUUUCUUUUUGGAAGAGGCGUUUUUUUUACAGCAUAUGAAUGACAGAACGGUCUAGCGUGAAUAUAAGAAGCAGGUGUGCUCUUGGCCCGAUUCGCUCUUUCUUUUAUUCUAGAAAGAAAUAAGAGAAGAAACAAAAAAUAAAAAGGAUCCGUCGUUGAUCCAGAGUUGUGUAAAAUAUUUACAUGUUCGCUUUCUCAAUUGUUUUGCCUCUAUAAUUCAUCUCAAUUAAUACGUAUCCAGCAUUUCCAAAGAUUAUCAAUGGCGUGUAUAGGAUAGAUCGAGUCCCAGCAAAGCAGCAUUUGUGAGGGUUUUGUUUUUUUUCUUGUGCUACAAAAAUAUGAAAUAUGAAAAUAUGCAAUUAGUUAAGAGAAUCCAGAUGAUGGUCUGGCCUCAGGGAUAGAGAUGUGUAAAGGUUUGGAUAUGUAAGAGCUUAUUCUGCCCCCUAGUGUUGGAUACGUGACAGUGCAGCUUUGACUCCUUUGUGCAACCAUUGCAAAAAAAAAAAAGAAUAACUAUUGUUCAGAGACCUCAGGUUUAUGCAAUCGCAUAAAAAUCACAUGCUAAACAAAUAUGUUCUCAGUUUUCUCUGUAGUUCAAUAUUAGUUAGUUCUGUUUUUUGUGCAUAAUAAUGAAUUUAGGCCUGUCACGAUAAUUGUAAAAUCUUUAAAGAUCAGAGGUUUUAAUUAAAAUCAGUUUAGGAGAAGGUUUUUGUAUGUAAAAAAAAGGUUGCAAAAGUUGUAUUUUUAAGUGCAUUGUUUUUUAUGCCAUAUACAGCUCCUGGAACAAAAAUAAGAGACCACUUAAAAAUGAUGAGUUUCUUUGAUUUUACGAAAAUAAAAAAAUAUAUAAUUAAGAGAAAGAUAGAUGAUCACAAGCCAUCAAACCAAGCUGAACUGCUGGUCCAAAAGCAGUGUGUAAGAGUAGUGGAGGAGAACAUGCCAAGAUGCAUGAAAACUGUGAUUAAAAACCAGGAUUAUUCCACCAAAUACUGAUUUCUGAACUCUUAAAACUUGAUAAUAUGAACUUGUUUUCUUUGCAUUAUUUGAGGUCUGAAAGCUCUGCAUCUUUUUUGUUAUUUCAGCCAUUUCUCAUUUUCUGCAAUGACUAUUUUUAUUCAGAAUUUGGAAGAAAUGUUGUCUGUAGUUUAUAGAAUAAAACAACAAUGUUCCUUUUACUCAAACAUAAACCUAUAAAAAGUAACAUCAGAGAAACUGAUUCAGAAACUGAAGUGAUCUCUUAAUAUUUUCCAGAGCUGUGAUUUUAAGCCACUUAAUAUUACACUAUUACACCCUUUUAGGCUUUAAAGGUCAGAGGUUUUAAUUAAAAUUAGUUUAGGAGGGUUUUUUUGCCUCUAAAAGAGGUUGCAAAGGUUGUAUUUUUAAAUGCAAUUUUUUUUUAUGGCUAUUAAGUGAGUUAUGCUAUAUGUUUGAGCAUAUACCUUUUUCUAAUGUCACAUUUUAUAAUAUAUAAGUAUUAUUGAGUGGCACGAUGCUAAUAGGGCUAAAAUAUUGGCAAUGUUAGUUCUAAUUCUUACGAUAGGUCAGUUAUAAUGAUUGUAAUUAUCGUGACAGGCCUAUCCUAUAUGUAUUUCAAUAAGGAACAAACAAUACAUGGAACCUCAAUUACAUUUGCAGACUGAGCCAAGCUGCACUCAACAGUGUUUUUUUAUAUAACGAAAGAAAGUGAUAAUGAUGAUGAUGAUGCUGAAGAGUCAGAUUUGGAGGAGUCUCUGAGCAGUCACUACCAAUCUCUUUUGACUCUCACACAUAUAUUCAAACUCAAUAUUCAACUUAAUCUUCUUUAUUUUCUUUAUACAAUAAGCGGAAGACUCAUCAGUGACAGUUCUCUUAUAGGAUGCCCAGGGUGAAAUACUGUAUACACUAAUGAUUUGCAGCCUAAAGCCCCUCAGUUUCAGAUCAUUUAAACCCUGUUGUUAUGAUCCACUGAUCAAAUUGACCCAGUGCAUGUUUAAAUCUGGAGCAGGUUAUAUUUUAUUGUUGUUCUAUUUCUUGCAGUACCCUUUACAUCACAGAUUCAAUUAAUGAAAUAAUCAAAUGAUCUGACAAUCAUUUCAUUAGGAAUGACUGAAGCAUUCAGAUAAAAUUUAACAACUGGACUGCCUACAUGCCUUUCUACCUAAUGGCACAGAAAGUAUACAGUACCAUUUAGGAUAUUUUAAAAAUGUUCUGCAUUGUAGAUUAAUAUAAAAAAGUGUUAAACAAACCAGAACAUGUUUUAUAUUUUAGAUUCUUCAAAGUAGCACCUCUUACUUAGAAGACUUAGAAGCUUUGCUCAUCCUGUGUAGACAUCUGAAAUGGCUUUCAGUUAACAGCUGUGCUAAACUUAUCAAGAGUUAAUUACUUAGUGAAUUUCUUGUCUCUUAAUGUGUUUGAGAGCAUCAGUUGUAGAGUUGUGAAGAGGUAGAGUUACAGGUUACAGUGAAUAGCUCUAUUUGAGUAAUGUUCUAAUCCAUAUUAUGGCAAGAACUACUCAAAAAAGUAAAGAAAAAGAUACUUUAUGAAAUGGAGGUCAGUCAAUUCAAAAACAAAUUCAAGAACUUUGAAAGUAUCCUCAAGUGCAGUCACAAAGACCAACAAAAACGAUGGAAAUGAUGAAACUGGCUCUCAUCAGGACCGCUCCAGGAAAAUAAUAGCAAGAGUUACCUCUGUUGCACAGGACAGUUUCAUCAGUUGAGUUACCAGCCUCAGAAUAGUUAACAGCAACUAAAUGCCUCUUCACAGAGUAUUUUGGUUUGUUUAAUACUUUUUAAGUUACAACACUGGAUCACUUCACUUUUACUUCACAAUGUAGGAAAAUGCAAAGGCAUCUCAGAUCACAUCCUGAAGUGAUUGGUUUGAGUUAACACCAUGUGGUUUGACCAAAUACAGAUAUAAAUGAUCCUGAUACUGAAAAGCAAAGAAGUGAACAGGUGUAAACAGGGUCUAGUUAAUCCCGUAUUUGUAAACGUCCAAAUGGUCAAUUUGAUGGAAAACAAUAACAUAAGGGUUUAAUCUGAUGGUUUAAACCAGCUACAAGAAAAGUGAUCAGCUAAAAAGCUAUUCACACAUCAGUUUUGGGCAGGAGAGGUAAGCUUUAUAAUCUAAAUCUAGAGAAGUCACCUCUAUCAGGACAAGCCAAACAUGGUUUAUUAAACCAGCUAAAUCCUGCUGCAGCUAUUCGGCAGGUGGUGGGCUUUCCCAAAGGAACUAUCCAGGAAAUUCAGGUAAUUAAUUGUGUUGGCAAAACAUUAGAGAAGAGACGGAUUUAAAGAGAAAUAUCUAUUUUUGUACAAUUGUAAUUUUAAGCUUUUAUUUCCAAUGCAGUCGUUUCCUUAAUUCUGCUGAAUGUCGCAGACGUUUAUCGGUGUAAAUGUUGAUUUUUAAAAAGAAGAGGGAUCACUGCCCUUUAAAAAAAAGAACAGGACUAAAGGAGAGGCUGCCAUUAAAAUGUUUCGUUCCCCUCUUUUAUUUGGUUUUGCUUUAUUUCUGUUUCAUUGGGCUUCACCUGGAAAUUGUGGAAAAUCCUUUUUUGUAUACACUAGUAAAACGAGAGUGGAUUGAUUGUGUGUUGUCCUAUCAUACAAUGUUUAUUGUUCAAAAGGACUAUUAUUAAAUAAUUCUCAAUUCUG